GUGCACAACGGUUUCCUUGGGAGCGGAGAAGGGAGGAGGGGAAGAGGUUACCUAGCAAUUGGUAGAUGCUGCGUGGCCCAGCCAAACCGUCGGACAGUGCAUUCCCAGAGUCAGAGGAACCCAAACUGACAGAUCUGGGACCAGGGUGAUUCGUAGUCGGCCCUCUGGCCCCAAUCCAGUCAUGACGUCGCCCCUGUGCUGGGCGGCCUCCGACAACACUCUGCCUUCCCAGGACCGGCUUUCGAGUACUUCCAAGGCCAAGGGAAGUCGAGCUCAGGCCAAAGGCCGCCACACUAGAGGCAAGGGCGGGGAACAGGCCUGGCACCCCCUCCAUUCCAAGAAGGGACCCAUCUAUGCCAGCGUGGGGAAGUCCGCAGUGCACACGCAGGUGGCCGAGUUACAAAGGAAGAUACAACUAUUAGAGGGUGACCGGAAGGCCUUUUAUGAGAGCACUCAGUGGAACAUCAAGAAGAAUCAGGAAACCAUCAACCAGCUACAUGAGGAGACCAGGAUGCUGCAACUACAGCUGACAGACCUGCUCCAGGGAGACGAGAAAGUAGUCCAGGCAUUGAUUUGGGAAUGGAAGUCAGAGAAGCCAUACCUGAAGAACAAGACAGGCCAGCAGGCCCUGGAGCACCUGAACCACCAGCUGAGUGAGAAGGUAAAGCAGCUAAAUGCUCUGAGGCACCAGGUGAGGUUGCGGCAGAAGUGGCUGGAGGAGCUCCAGCUGCAGCACAGUCUGCGUGAACUGGUGAUGGCGGAGGCACGAGAUGGUGACACUGAGGUGGCUAAGACCUUGCGGAACCUGGAGAACCGUCUGGAGAAGGCCCGGAUGAAGGCGGAGGAGGCAGAACAUAUCACCAAUGUGUACUUGCAACUCAAGGCCUAUCUGCAGGAAGAGAGCCUUCACUUGGAGAACCGUCUGGACUCCAUGGAGGCUGAGGUGGCAAAGACCAAACACGAGCUGGAGGAACUGCAUGUGGUGAACCAGGAGGCACUCAACGCCCGGGACAGUGCCAAGAAUCAAUUGCAAUAUAUGGAGGAGACCGUGUUCCGAGAGCGGAAGAAGCGUGAGCGCUAUGUGACUGAGUGCAAGAAGCAGGCAGAGGAGAGGAAACUGCAGAACGAACGCAUGGAGCGCAAGACCCAGCGAGAGCACUUGCUGCUGCAGUCUGAUGAUACGAUCCAAGACAGCCAGCGGGCCAAGGAGGAGGAGCUGCAGCUGCGCUGGAACAUGUACCAGAUGGAGGUGCUCUUCGGCAAGGUCAAGGAUGCUACUGGGGUGGCCGAAACACAUGCGGUGGUGCGGCGGUUCCUGGCACAGGGCGACACCUUCACGCAGUUGGAGACGCUCAAGAAUGAGAACAAGCAGGUGCUGCUGAGGCUGAAGCAAGAGAAGCAGCAACUGCAGCAGGAGCUUGAAGACCUCAAGUACUCAGGGGAGGCCAGGCUGGCCAGUGAACAGAAGCUGCAGGCAGAGUUGCAGGGUAGCCUCAAGGCGGAGGAGCAGAGGAGGGCUGAGGCCCAGGGCCAGCUGGAGCAGGCCACACGGGCAAUACAGAUGCUGAAGGAGGGCCUGGAGCACCUGGUGGGCAAGCUGGAGCACGUCACAGUGGGUAGCCAGCUCCCUGAGGAAGCCCUACUCAGAACCACCCAGGACUUCAGAAGCAGUGCUGCCCCUCAGGAGGCUGGUCACUCCACUAGAAAAGAGCUGGAUCCCAAGACAGGUGACUAUCUGCCCAACCUGCUGGACCUCUUGGAGGAAAAGCUGCUGAAGCUGCAGGUGCAAUUUGAGGGACUCAACGUGCCAGAGAUGCUGUACCACAUUGCAGAUCGUGAGUUUUUUUCCAGCCUAGAGGGAAAACUGCCCACAUACAACACCCGCAUCACCCUGCCCCUUGCCAGUCCCAAGGACAAGUUCUUCGACGAAGAGGAGACGGAGGAGGAAGACAACGACGUGGUAACUCGAGAGGAGCUCAAGAUCCGUUCCCAGAAAUUAAUCGAAUCUCGCAGCAAGAGGCGCAGUCGCUCUCGGAGGCUCUAGACUCUCCCUCUUGCCCACCGAUUCCGGGCGCCAGCGGAGCUCCCCACCCCUCUGGGCAGCCACCUGCCCUCCGGGACCCUUCGAGGGCCGAGCAAGGCCUGGAAGCAGGAAUGGAGCGGGCCGUGGGAGCGCAGAGUAAAUAUCCUCAGGCAACUGUUCCGACCUUGGAAUCACGAAAUAAAGGUCACCGACCAGC